AGUCGACUCCACCGUAAAUAGAGCAACAGAAGAAGAGAGCUAGCUACUGUAAACAAAGCUGAGCCGUUAGUCUGUCAAACAACUCAAAACCUGCGUAAUGUGAAGAGCAGAUAUGAUUAGAAACACAUCCACACGACAAUAAACGCUCUGAGGCUCCGCCGGUCCGACAGCAGCCGUUCAGUCCGGGCCCCGGAGCUGCCAUGACCCGGCCUGAAGUCUGACUGGAAGAUAAUGGCUGCAGAGCCGUUUCCCACCACGAAGCUGGUCCCCUCCGCCUCAGCGAGCAGCACCACCACCUCCUCCUCCACCUCCUCCUCCUCCAUCCAGCAGUACCAGCAGCAGAACCUCACCAACAACAACACCUCCAGAGCCGCACAGCGCUGCUGCAACUGGCAGGGCCUGUUCCCCACCAUCAGGGAGAGGAAUUCAGUCAUGUUCAACAAUGAGAUGAUGGCAGAUGUUCACUUUGUGGUCGGGCCGCCCGGCGGGACGCAGCGGGUUCCGGGUCACAAGUACGUCCUGGCCGUCGGCAGCUCCGUGUUCCACGCCAUGUUUUAUGGAGAGCUGGCGGAGGACCAGGAAGAGAUCCGGAUCCCCGACGUGGAGCCUCCCUCCUUCCUGGCCAUGCUGAAGUACAUCUACUGCGAUGAGAUCGACCUGUGUGCCGACACCGUGCUCGCCACCCUCUACGCCGCCAAAAAGUACAUCGUGCCUCACUUGGCCCGCGCCUGCGUCAACUUCCUGGAGACCAGCCUGAGCGCCAAGAACGCCUGCGUGCUGCUGUCUCAGAGCUGCCUGUUCGAGGAGCCCGACCUGACGCAGCGCUGCUGGGAGGUGAUCGACGCCCAGGCCGAGCUCGCCCUGCGCUCCGAAGGCUUCUGCGACAUCGACACCCAGACGCUGGACAGCAUCCUGCGGCGCGAGACCCUCAACGCCAAAGAGAUGGUGGUGUUCGAGGCGGCGCUGAACUGGGCCGAGGCCGAGUGCCAGCGACAGGACCUGGCGCCGACUAUCGAGAAUAGGCGGCUGGUGCUGGGGAAGUCCAUCUACCUGAUCCGCGUGCCCACCAUGGUCCUGGAGGACUUCGCCAACGGGGCGGCGCAGUCCGGCGUGCUCACGCUCACCGAGACCAACGACAUCUUCCUGUGGUACACGGCCGCCAACAAGCCCGACCUGCUGUUCUGCACCAAACCCCGCAAGGGCCUGGCGCCGCAGCGCUGCCACCGCUUCCAGUCCUGCGCCUACCGGAGCAACCAGUGGCGGUACCGGGGCCGCUGCGACAGCAUCCAGUUCGCCGUGGACAAGCGCGUCUUCAUCGCCGGCUUCGGCCUCUACGGCUCCAGCUGCGGCUCGGCCGAGUACAGCGCCAAGAUCGAGCUGAAGCGCCAGGGCGUGUCCAUGGCCCAGAAGGUCAUCAAGUACUUCUCGGACGGCUCCAGCAGCACUUUCCCCGUGUCCUUCGACUACCCGGUGCAGAUCGAGCCCGACACCUUCUACACCGCCAGCGUGGUGCUGGACGGCAACGAGCUGAGCUACUUCGGCCAGGAGGGCAUGACGGAGGUGCAGUGCGGGAAAGUCACCUUCCAGUUCCAGUGCUCCUCGGACAGCACCAACGGCACCGGGGUGCAGGGGGGCCAGAUCCCCGAACUUGUCUUCUACGCCUGAGCCGGGACCGCAGGGGGGGGGAGACGCUGUGUUUUACUUUGAAAGUGCGGAGACGAGUUCUCGGGUAGCGGUUUGAGGAGGGGGGGGGGCGUGGAGACAGGACGGCGUUUUGAGUGGAUCAUGGAGGCACUACUGAAGCGUUCUGGAACCUCACAUUCCUUCUGUUGUUGUUUUGUCUUUGUUUACGUCGGCUGUUGGUCAGAGCAGUUUUCCUUCCGUUGUGGUAACGCAGGAAUUCUAAACAAACAUGCGAGCGCUUUCUGGGAGAUAAAAGGCAGUGAAAGUAUCGAUCGACUACCCUUAACGUCGUAAAACGCCCAGAGGUAUUAAAGGGAGAUUUACCGUCUUAUCAGUGUGAUGGUGCAUUUUGUCGUCAUCACACACAAAUAAAGACAAAUUCAUCUGCAAAUCUCAGCGCGGCGCAUCGACUGUCUCCAAAGUCUGCUCACGUGUCUUGAUUGUCUUCUGGACUAUCUUCACAAUCAUUGAUAUUUAACCCUUUUAAAAAUAUUAUUUAGAUCCAGAGUCUAUUACUCUGGAACAAAUACAAACUGAAGAGGCCUCUUAUUUACUUUCACUUUUUUUACUUCAACUAAACACAUUUAAAUGUGUUUCUAAAUGUGUUUUUUAAUGUGCAACUAAAAAUUACACUUCCAAAAAAAUUCAGUAAAUAUAAUAAAUAUAUUAUUCAGUCUGCGUGUCGCCUCCAACGUACACAACAAGUUUUUGGUUUCUUCCCUUAAAGAUCACACGUUCAGUUUUAUGAAUCACACGGACGUUUAAAUGUUGCACAUUCAGCUUCUCAUCUCAACCAUCGGACUUCGGUUUCAAUUUAACAAUUCGCAAACAUUCCUGCGGUAACUGUGGGAGUGAAGGAUGAAGCACUACUGUUACUUUACUGUUUACUGUCGCUUCUUUUGGUACUUAAAAGUUCGUUUAGACAUUCAGAGCGUCAAUAUAGCAGAAAACAACACACUCUCACGUAGCUCUGGCCUGGUCAGCAUCACUGUUCUCUCUGUCAGCACUGAUGCAGGUAGCUGCCGUGUGGAGGUGAAAGAUGCUCUGAAUGUUGUAUUGAAAACCAUAAAAGCUGAAUAAUAACCUUUUUGUUAAUAUGACAACUGAUCACACUCCUGACUUCUUUUCUACACACUACUCUCCUCUUCUGUAAUGUGGAAACCAUUUAUAAUACACCUGCCUGCAGUACAACAGGCUAUUCUAAAGGAUUUUAACUGCACUUUUCUUGUGUCGUAUUCAAGGAAAAGUAUUAUGCAGACAUCAGUCAUGCUUUUAUCUUGAAAAACAUCCCGCUCUAGUGUUUCAUUAUGUUGCAUUGAUGUAAAUAUUUCUGUAAUAAGUGUCCUCACGCACUCUGCUCUCUUUGAAAAUGAAGGAAAGAAACCGUUUUAUAUGAUUCUAUAUUAAAGAAACAUAUUUUUGGAUGUCUUUGUUUCCUUUUACCUGAUCCAACCAGAAUGUGCAGUGAGCUGGUGGCCUUAUGAAUAUGUUGUUGUGACAAAUUUGUAAAUAAAAGAUUGGGAUGUAAAACUU